AUGCCCCCACAAACUUGCAACUCUGACACUGAAAGCAGCAACCUAUCUGAUGGACCAAACAAAGCAAAGGCACCCACCAUGUCACAGAGGCAAAUGCUGAUUGGUGCAGAGACCCCUUUGCCAUACAACUCUGAUGACAUUGAUAACAACAGUGAUGAGACACACUAUAACAUUGACACCAUCUCCAACCUAAACCCAGAAAUGCUCAAAGGCAUGCUCAUCAAACUCACCAAAUGCAACAAAGCAAAAGACUCUGAUGCAUAUAAGAAACCAUCCCACCACUCCAAUUUCCAUCAAAGGCUCUUGCACACCCAUGACACACUCAAGGAGGCACCCAAGCUAAUGACCAAGAAUUGGUACAGUUGGAACCCUUGCUUCAGAGCAGUCCUGUCUAACUGGCCAGCAGCUAUGAAGCACCUCAAUGGUACUGUGGCCCCUGGGGACAAAAAUCUCUACUGCAAGCUAAAGAAGGACCUUACAAAAAUGGAAAAGAUUGCCAAAUCAACCCUGCUCAACAAAGUUGGGAAGAUUCACAUGUUCCAAGCCAACAUCUGCAAGCUCAUUGCAGACAUCAAUGAGCACUGGGCUAAGGCUGAGUCCAUGGGCCAUGCCCUCCCCAAAAUACUCAAAGUGAAAAUGCUCAUUGACCAGGCUAGAUACAUCACCCCUUACCAUCACUGCAUUAUUACACUUGAAGACACUGGAAUGGCAUCAAGUUAUGAAGUACUUUGUGCUGCAUUGUGCAAGCAACAAGACAGCAUGACUGCCCAGACAGACCACAGAGCUGGCAAUACCAGGUCAGCCCAGGCAAAUUUAGCCAAAGGACAAGUCAAGAAUGAAGAAGCUUACUGCCAUGGUAAGCCAGGACCUGAUGGAGUCCAACACUGCUACCACUGCAAUGCAGAGAACCACAUCUCCAGGUACUGUCCAAAGAAGGCCCAGGAGGGAAUGCUGGCAACACCCCCUUACCCAGUAGGUCAGGCUAUGCUAAAUGUAAACAGCCAUGAAGUACCAUUGAACAAUGUACUUCAUGUCCCAGAUGCAAAUGCAAACCUGAUCUUGGUGAAGGCCCUGAUGAACAAUGGUGCACAUGUAAUAUUUGACAACCAACAUGCAACAUUGGCACUCCCAGAUGGCACAAUUGUUAUCAGUGACCUCAAUCCACAAACAAGAUAUUAUGAAUUCCCUGAACUCAAGCACAAAGCACUGGUAGUGUGCACAGAUGAGAGGCUAUCUGGAUUGCCAGAGAUGUUUGAUGAUGAAGCAAAGGCUGCAAAGCACUCCUUCACCCCAGACUUUAUGCACAAACAGUGCAGCCAUCCAGGCUGGAACAAGGCAAGGAUCAUUGAGAAGCUAUAUAACAUUAAGCUUCCAGGCAAUGAAUGUCAAGAUUGUGUUGUCAGAAAGUCAUUCAAGGCCAGAAUGAGCAAAAGUAACAAUGCAUGCACUAAGCAUCUGCUGGAGCUCAUACACAUCAAUCUGACUACACACUUAUCAACAAAGACUGAAUUCACAUGCUUACUGACACUGAAAGAAUGGAUUCAUUAUGCCAAAAUACAAAUGGGUCAUAAGCUUAAGACCCUCUGCUUGGACAAUGGUGGCAAAUGGAUCUCUGCAGCAGCUGCUGGUUGGCAGAAUGAAGCUGGGUUCUGGUGGCAAAAGACAUCAGCAUACACCAGUGAGCAGAACAAAUAUCAUGCCAAAUGUCAACAACCAAGUACCCUAUCACAUUUCUAUGAUAGAGACCCAAGGAAGCCCUUUGCACUACUCCAAACUUUUGGAUGCCUUGCCUGGGUCAACAUACCAAAAGCAAAAUGUAAGAAACUGGAUGAGCCAGCAAUCCCAGCCAUAUUCAUUGGAUAUGACAAGGAGCACAAGGGGUGGAAGUUCUUGGCACCUAGCCAUAACCUGCUGAUCUUUUGGUCUAACUCAGCACAUUUCCUGCAAGACAUGUCAUGGAAUGAUUGCACAGACACAACUCUGAUCCAGGAUACAGAUGCAUUACACUACAAGGACAUGGAUGAUAUCAAAGACCUAAGGUAUGACAAAGUCGAUGAACACAAUGAGGAAUUACAACAACCUAUCAACAACAUCUACCAACCACCUUUGGAACCCAACACAGCAUUCAAAAACAAUAUACCAAUCCCCAGACCCACAGAGACCAUCUUUGAAUAUCUGGCAGUAGGGAUUGACAAUGCAUUGGAAACCAAUCCAUCAACCACACCAUUGGAUUGA